CCGAAUUACAUGCGCAAUCCUGCCGUGAAUCAGACAUCACCACGGUAACCGAACGGUAUUCACCAUUCUCUGCUUUACCCGUAAACAUCCGCGACGCAACCCUACCGAUCGUCAUCCUCGCACGCAAUUGGUCAGGCAGGCAGACAUGGUGAAGCUGGGCAGUAACCUGGCUGAUAAGCUGGUUAAAGAACAGUCUAUGGACGAUGGCUUUGAUAACAUCCCUCUCAUCACCCCUCUGGAGGUGAACCAGCUGCAACAGCCAUACUUAGACAAGGUAAUCGUGAAGACCACAACAGAGUAUCAGCUGCAGCAGAAGAAAAAGAAGAAGUUGUACGUCCCGGGAAUCAAGAAGCUGAAUAUAAAACUGUACGACGAGGUAUCAGAGAAGGUCAAGCUAACAGGUUUGAUCCUCAUCACCCUUGGGUUCCUGGCUUGUCUUCUCCUGCUGGUCAUGUACAAGGCUCUGUGGUACAAUCAACUUACCUGCCCAGAGGGCUUCGUUCUCAAGCACAAGCACUGCACCCCAGCAGCGGUGCUGGAGCCCUGGUACUACACAGAGCAGCAGCAGCAGGAGGACCCAGACGUGCCCCCCCGCUCCAGCAGUCUCUACACCGCCCUGGGUCACCUCAACCAGGCCAAGAGGAUCAUCCCCGAGCUGCCCCCGUCACCAUGGUUCCCCGUCAUCAACGCCCUGAAGCAAGCCGAGAGGGCCAAAGAGGAGGCGAGUCGUCCGAAGGAGUGAGGGAUGGAGGGAUUUCCAGAGGGAAAGGGUUUAGGAAGGGGGCGAUAAAGGUAUAAGGGUAUAUGGGGUUUCCAAAAGGAAGAGUUAGGAAGAGGGGAUGGAGAUGGAGAUGGGGGAAAAAGUGUUGUUUACUAGGGGAGUUGACUAUGAGGUAUUCUGGGUAACGCUCCAAAUGUCUGUUUAGGUGUCAGCGAACGUGACUCAUUUGCAGUAAAGUUAAUCUCUCUAUGACGUUAUCAGUGAGGACCACCGCCUUGUGUUAUGUGCGUGCGUGCCUGUGCGAGCGAGAGAGAGAGAGAGAGAGAGAGAGAGAGCGAGAGAGAGAGCGAGAGAGAGAGAGUGAGAGAGAGAGGUGAGAGAGAGAGAGAGGUGAGAGAGAGAGAGAGAGAGAGAGAGAGAGAGAGAGAGAGUGAGAGAGAGAGAGAGAGAGAGAGAGAGAGUGAGAGAGAGAGAGAGAGCGAGAGAGAGAGAGAGCGAGAGAGAGAGUGAGAGAGAGAGGUGAGAGAGAGAGAGAGUGAGAGAGAGAGAGAGAGAGAGAGAGAGAGAGAGAGAGAGAGAGAGAGAGUGGUGCGUGUGAGAAGCGUUGGAGAACUGAACAUAACAACAUUCCCUGAAAUGCUCACUAGAUUGUCUUUAUCAGACUAACAUGUUUUCAGGUUUUUAUUUUAUUCUGAACUGAAUGUAGAGUAUCGUUAGUAAUGUGGUCUGACAAGGUUUAGCGUUAUUACAUUUAGAUCGAACUAGACAUGUUUUUUGUAGAUUUUUACAUACACAGUUCGGAAAUAAAAUGUUUUGUUCUAUUCAGGAAGCACAGAGCCCACAUUAAUUUAGAAACAUGAUUGUAAAAAACAUAUUUAUCAUGCCUUUUUUUCUCAAUAGAUUUUCCAGCAGCUGUGAACAAUUUGUGUAUGAGGAUUUUGGUACAAUUGGGUACGAGGAACCUGAAUAUUUUCAGGUGGAAGAUAACCAAAUGGAUUGAUGUCAUUUCAAUUCAGAUGAUUUCGAAUGUAGUAGACUAGCAGGUGUACAAGUUGGAUUCCUGUCUCAUAAUAUUUUAACAUAACAUUAACUACCUAGAGUAUCCGUAUCUUUGUGUUUUCUAGUAUUUAUUUAAAGACCUAUUUAUUAUGAGCUUUACUUUAUUCCUUAAGCUAUUUAUUUGAUUUUUUUUUUAUUUGGGUGAAAAGCUUGGAGGAUUACAUUUUUUAAAUUAUUUAUUUGGGGAUUUUUAAAAUAGUGAAUAAAAUGCAAUGCGAUUCAUAUCAAGUUUGCAUUCAUCCUAAUUCAUCAUAAUAACUGGCAGUAUUUUCACCAUGGAUCAGAUUGUGAUACUGCCAUUGUGUCACCAUUCACCACCCAGCGUUAAUAAACCUUGUUCUGUUCUGAGUGCCAAACGUUUAUGUCAGACCCAUCUGCUCUGAUGUCAUCAAUAAAGUGUUAAUCAUAAUCUGGGA